AUGUCCACUUCGACUAGUCGCCUGGGCGCCGUCUUGGACACAUAUUUCCAUAAACGACUGGAACGCAGUAUUCAUCCCGCUAUCGCAGCUGCGAGAGAUAAGAGCGACGCCACGAAGAGGGUGUCUCAGCCUUGGCACCCACAUAUGACCAUCAGGAUGACCACGUUUCUCUGUAUGAUAUUCCAUAACCCCUUACCCUUUACUGGCCUAACAUAUAGUAGUGAAGAAAUAUACAGGGACGCCGAACGAGAAAAACAAAGGUUUAAAACAGCCAUGGAAGAGUACGAAAACACCACUCAAGGGUCAAAAUUCAAAACAGAAGUGACGGACAAGUGCGUCCAUACCUGGAACGACGCCUUAACCGAGGUUCAACGCGCAGAAGAGACCUAUUAUGAUGCAUCCGGUAUGUGGGGCAAGAUUCGAAAGGGCCUCCGCAGCCUUGGACGGAAUAGCAAGGCGUUUGAAGCUUGGGCGAGUCUGCUGCCUUCCGGAUCUGAGUACUUCUCGGUGCUGUUCGGAGGUUUCAGACUUAUCUUCAGGGUGUGUACAGCCGCUGCCGCACGUUUACACGAUCUAAGAUCUGAUAUUUGCGAUGCCCUGGCUGAGAUUCCAGCUCUGCUUCAAUGCACACAUGUAGCCCUGGGCAUCUUCAAACGAUCCAAGGAACUCCAUCAAGCAAGUGCGGCACUCUACUCCGCCAUAAUAGCAGCUCUUCACCACAUCGUUGUCUGCAUCUUUCAGCAGGAUUCCUACGCCAGCCAGCUGGACGGCCUUCUCGACGAGGUCCGCCAGCUGGCCGAUCGUUUCAACAGCGCCGCCUGCCUGUGCAGUUAUGAGAGAAUUCAAACCAUAUCCCAAACGGUGCAGGCACAAAGCAUCCAAGAGAGAGAAAACCAAAAGGAGCUCGUUGGAUACCUUGAAAAAUCUAGCGACGAGUUCCAGCAUUUUAAAGCCGAAUUUCAGUCGAAGGCGGGCGAUUUACAGGUUGGACUGGGACGAGUGGAGUGGCAGGUAACGAAUAUCAGUAACAUCCUGGCCCGGUUCUUGAGUAGUGACUCAAGAAUGAAUCCGAGGACACAAGAUAUAAGAGGUCCAAAUCUUCCCAUCCGCAGAGCAAAGUCCGAGACGAAGCUCGCACAAGACAUCUGCCGCGUGCGAGAGGGCCUCAUGUCUGAGUUUGACUAUGACAGCUCCGUGAUCCAAACUGACAUCGCCGCUAACCUACACGGGGUAUGGCAAAUUCCACGACCCGACCAAGACCGUCUCGUUGCCGCCAUGCAGUCCCGAAAGCUUCAGAGCUGGAUCACCAAGGCCACAUCGUCCGCCAUGUUCCUCAACUUCAAUGCGCCUCGGAACCAAAAGUCAACAUCUUUCAUUGCAGCGAAACUGAUCGAUUCAAUCCAGGCCUCUGUGCUCAAAGAGCAAGAUCACACAAGCUCCGUGCUGGUGGUUUCUUUUUUCUGCGGUUCACAUUCGCGGCCCAACGAUCCCGACUUUGGUGCCGACGGCAUGAUGCGAAGUUUGAUAAUCCAGCUGCUCCUCUCGUACCCGGGUUUCAGCCCACACAUCAUCCGCCGGAUCCAAGCAGCGAAUCUCGUCAGCAUCACAGACCUCUGCGAAAUAUUUCACCUGCUCAUAGGCCAGCUCCCGCACCACAGAAUGGUAUUCUGCAUCCUCGACGGCGUGACCGUAUUCGAAGAAAGCAAGUCCCUGCGCGAGGAAAGCGAGAUUUUGAUCAAGGAGCUAAUGGAAGUUUUGAGAUGGACGGCGGAGUAUGGAUGUUGUUUCAAGUUGCUAUUGACGAGUCCGUGGAAUAGUCGGAUCUUGUAUAGGUAUUUACCUGAUCCUGAGAAUGAUUCGGUUUGGUUGCCGACAAAGGUUCCCUCUCAGGGGGGUUUUACUUUGGGGAAAUGGGAGGGGAGUGUUGGAGUGGAUCUUGAUAAGUUGCAGAUUAUUAAGGAUGCCUAUCCAUUAUGA